AUGGUAGAAAUGUCAAAGUCUGAUUAUUCAGAACCUUUUCUAGAAGGGUAGGAGUAAAGCUAGGUAGAAGACAGUAUGAUUAGUAAGGAAAUCUUACCUAAAGAUUAUCAGUGGAUUCUUGAGAAGUUUAAGGAAGUUGAUUAUUCAAAUCUUGAGAGUAGAGUAAAAAAACUUCCAUUUUACUUGGAAAAAAAUAAAAACAUAAAGAUAGAGUAACUUAUAAUCUUGCCUCAUAGAAAUUUGAUCUUGGGACAUUAUUCAUAUGAUCACCUUCAUGACGAAUAUUAUAUUGACUUCAUAGAUCUUAACUCAUUUAAAACAGUUAAGACGAUUGAACUGUUUAAAUGCUGCGAAAAAAGUAAAAUAUUUCACUAAGUUUUCAAUGAUGUUGAUUACAUUUUCUAUUAAGAGAAAUAUCAGAGCAUUUUUCUUGUCAAAUUAGAUGAUAUUGAUAAUAGAGAGGAGAAACAUUUGAUUGAGAUCAAAUUCGAUGACAAUUGGCAAUUCUUUAAAGCUAAUAUCCUUGAUGAAUUCACAAUCUAGAUGACGUCAGGAGUGCAUUUUAUAAUUUUAAAGCUCAAUGAUAAAUCCUUAAAUCAAUUAAGUUCAGAUUAAAAACUUAAAUUUGAACUAAAAUACAUAAAGGAAUAAGUUUAUAUGAAGUAAAAUUAAAAUAUUUCCAAUCAGCUGUUUUUUAAAGAUAAAAGUUAAAGCUUUUAUCAACUUAAAUAAGAGGACCAUAUUGAAUCACCAACUUACUUUUUUGAUGAUGCCAAAAUAAAAAAUCAUUAUGUUAUGAGAGAUCUAUCUAGAACAUACUUUCUUGAUAUUGAAACACUAUUGAUAUAAAAACAAUUCGAUAAAAAGUACUAUGUUGUCAAGUAUCUGGAUCUAUACGAGUAUCUUAUGGAUGAAGAUUUCAAUCUUUAUAAAUAUGAUAACUCUGAUAAGAUAGUCUUAAAGAAAGUGCAAUCAUUAUAUUAAUCCAGCUUGAAAAAAAUGUACAAAUUGGUAGCAUCUCCAAAUUCAAUAGUAUUCGUUUUUAAAGAUGAAGCUGAAUUUUUCAUUAAAGAUUUAGAUACUAAUUACUCUGCUUUGGCAUUUGACUCUAGAACAUUUUAACUUAUAGAUCAUGCUUAAAUUUAGAUAACUAAUGAUUACAAUACUCUAGGAAUUGAUAUAGAAAAUAGUAAAUUAUACUAUAAAUCUCAAAAUGAUUUGUUUAUUAGCUAUGUCAAUUUUGGCACAAACUAUUCAAAAUAUCAUUAAAUAGUUCCUGUAAUAAAUUAAGAUAAGCACAUUUGUAAAAAUGAUUUCAUAUAUUUUAGGGAUUGUUACCUAAUGAUUAAAUCAUAGUAGGAUGAAAUUGCUGUGAUUUAAGACCUUAAUACUGGGAUUAAGAAAGAAUUACCUAUAUAGUUUGGCGACAACUUUUUUUCAUAUGUUUAGAAUGAUUAAGAUAUUCUUAAUGAUAAAAACUUCAACGAGAUAAUUUAAUCAAAGUAUAUAGAUUAAAACAAAUAUGAAACAGUUGAAAAUAUAUGCUCAGAAGAUAUAUUGAUUAAAAAAUUUGAAUAUGAGAUAUAUCUAAAUGGAAAUCGCUAAGUGAUUUGGGAUGAAUUUCGAAAUUAGUCUGGGGAGGAAUAUGGUUACCCUGACGAAUGA